GUGUCAAAUUUUAUUUUCAUGCCAAAAUCCAAAAAAUUGUAAACUUUCUAGAAAAUAAACUAAAAACUUUUCUCUAUUUUGUGACUCCAAUUAAAUAAAUAAUUAUUUUCAAUAUGAGUAAAUCAGCACUAGCAAGUUUAACCGCUCAAUAUACCGAUUCAGAAAAUGAAGAUGAAAAUCAAGACGACAAAAGUACAGAUUCUCAAAAUUCAACCGAAUCCAUUGUUCAAAUUCCACCUCCAAAACAACAAACUCCAGUUGCAACUCCCGAGAAACCAAAACGACCAAAAUCCCUUCGUUUGGUCAGCUACCAAGACGAUACAAUUGUAUCCGACGAAGAUGAAGAAACUGAAAGCGAAGAUGGUGAUGAAGUCACUUUAGGAGAUAAGAAAAAUGAGGAUAAAACAACUCCAACAAAUGAUUCAAUGAAAAUGGAUGUUGACCAAGAAGAAUCCUCGGCAGGAAAGUCUCCAAAAAAAGACACAAAAGUCGAUAAAUACGCUCACUAUGGAUUCUCUUUGCCGCCAGAGCCAAAAGGCAAACCAACUCCCGAAUUGACUGAAAAGAUAAGACAUCUCUAUGAAAAAAUGGAAGACAGUAAUAUGGACAUGAAUCGAAUAAUACAGGAAAGAAAAGACUUCCGUAAUCCAAGUAUUUACGAGAAACUUAUUUCAUUUUGUGACAUUAAUGAAUUUGGAACAAAUUAUCCUCCCGAAAUGUAUGAUCCAUUGCAAUGGGGACAAGAGAGUUUCUAUGAGGAAUUGGCUAAAGCUCAGAAGAUUGAAAUGGCCAAAAGACAAAAAGAAAAGAAAGAUAGUGAUAAAAUUGAACAAGCUACAGCAGCAGCAAGAAAAGUCGAAGAAGAAGCUAAAAAAAGGAAAUCUAAAUGGGAUCAACCAGCUCCAGUUAAGACAGCACCACCAGCAUUGACAACAACAGUUACAGGAACUAAAGGAACUGUUAUAUCGGCUUUUGGUUCACUUCCGAAGAAAGCUAACGUUUAGAUAUUAAGAAAAAUACAAAUGAAA